AUGACUGAGCAAAGUGGUAGACAAACUCCUAAUGCAAGGCGGAGGCCGAGGGGGAUAGCCGUGAGCGCUUGGAAGGACAGUCUGUCAGGGCAACGACUGAUCGGGGACGAACACACUCUCAGUGUGAUGCUGCCGGCAUCUGACGAGCACUCUGGAACUUUAUGUCCGGUUUUUCAUCCCUGCACCGUCAUCCUCUGCGGGUCCAAGCUCACGUUUCGAAACAAACGCCCUCUCACAGAGAGGCUUCACUCCAGAACCCAACUCACACAUACCAUCCGCUAUCUCGAGUCAGGGCUGACGCGUUGGUCCACGGGAGAGCGAGGCGGAGCCGCGCUGCGGGAGCAUGCGUGCUGCGGCGCUUGCCGCUGGAGUGCGCAUGCGGAUGACUCGCGCAGGCUCGGCAGUUGCAGCCGUCCGUCCAGCCCCUUCUUUUCCCUGCCACGUACGGGCGGCGGUGGCCCUACCUGGGGUCCGAUUCUGUCGGGGCGGGGGGUGUCCACCAGCGGGACCGCGGAGAAGCCAGAUGUGUGGCGGCUUAUCCUUACUCAGUUCUCAAGUGAGGUGGAAAAUCUGCCCAAUAAUCCAGCAUCAGUAAGACAGACAAGGUCUGCAGGUGAUAAGGAAUUCACCAUGAAUGGGCAGCUGGAUUUAAGUGGGAAGCUGAUCAUCAAAGCUCAGCUUGGGGAAGAUAUUAGGAGAAUUCCUAUUCAUAAUGAAGAUAUCACCUAUGAUGAAUUGGUGCUAAUGAUGCAGAGAGUUUUUAGAGGAAAACUUCUGAGCAAUGACGAAGUCACAAUAAAAUACAAAGAUGAAG